UUGGCUGGAGGAGAGGGAGGGAUAUUAUGGGAUGUGACUCAGCCUGAGAUUCAGAUUUCAGGGGCAGGUCCUGUUCAUGGGAGUUUCCUUCCUCCGUGUAUAGAGCAGCGCAGAGUAUCUCACCCACAGCCCAGACACCAGCUCAGCCCAAGGCACAAGAACCAAAACCAGGACAAGUCAAGAUGGUGGCCCCCUCUGAGCUAGAACAUGCCAUGGAGAAAAUGAUGUUAACUUUCCACAAGUUUGCCGGAGAGAAGAACUACAUGAACCGGGAGGAUCUGCAAAAGCUUCUGGAGAGUGAGUUCUCCGAGUUCUUGAAGAACCAAAAUGACCCACUGACCGUGGACAAAAUCAUGAAGGAUCUGGACGAUUGUCGCGAUGGGCGAGUGACCUUCCACAGCUACUUCUCCCUCAUAGCCGGUCUCCUCUGCGCCUGCGACGACUAUUAUGUCAAACACAUGAAACCCUGAAGGAAGUGAAGACCCGGAGAAGGACCAACAUCUUGAUGUUGAAAAACUCACCAGAACCCGGAGGCCAAUGUCUCAUUUCCUCAGCAGCAACUCCCACUGUCACAUGACCAAAUCCUAAAUAAACCCCCAAUCUUGCUUUUUUAUA